AUGGAUUCUUCGGCUUUGAGGAAAACAGUUUGGAAGGACCCUUUCAAAUUCACUAGCACAAAGGUUCUUCAUGGUGGCCUUGGCGAGGGUUUCUCAUAUGUUAAAGAAGUUCCGAAUGAUCUCAUCAGUAGUCAGAUUCCGCCCAACGAAAUAUCUGCUCCCGCAUCUCGGAUUGACGGAUCAGGGAAGAUUACAAAUAUAUACUAUGAUUAUAUACAAUUAAGUCAAGCAAUAAGCCAAGGGAAUGUAGAAUCUGUGAAGAAGUUGUUGCGCCGUCGUCCAGACGCAUUGAACGAAUUGAUAAACCCUUACGAGACACCAUUGUUGAAAGCUUGCGUGUGUGGAGAUCUCGAGAUUGUUAAACUGCUUCUUCGUUGCAUGAAAUCUGAAGGAAUGCUUCCUAAGACGAGCCAAAACACUCCGUACCACACACCUCUCGCCGUUGUCGCGUUCACUGGAAACGUGGAGAUCGCUAAGUACUUGCUUAGCAAGGACUUUGGGCUGCUACAGAUACCAGGCAUAAAUGGACAGCUUCCCGUCGUGGUUGCAGUUGAGAACGGGCACAGAGAGUUGGCUCGGUAUCUUACCGAAAAAACUUUGUUUUAUUGUUUAAUUAAUGAAGAUGAUGGGUACCACGCUACGAUGCUCGUGGUCAAUGCCAUCUACUACAACAUGCUCGACAUUGCGCUGCAUGUGAUUGGAGGAAAAUACUACCGAUACCUUGCCGUGACAAAACACUUGCAGAUAGAGUCAAGUCCAGUCGUUGUGUUGGCUUCAAAGCCUGAUCUUUUUCCUUGUGGCUGCCAUCUCGGACCAUUGGAACGCUUCAUCUACUCUUGCAUACAAGUAAAGCAUCCGACUACUCCAGAGCGGAAUCGUCCGAAGAAAGAUCAGCAGCCUACCCUGAUGGGGAAGAUGCUUAAAUGUCUCUCGAAAUGGACUGGGAUAAAUCAAGUGUAUCAACUGAAGGUCAUGCAUGUACAAGCCAAGAAGCUUCUACUGGGAAUAUCAGAAGAAACACUUGGCAUGGGCUUAAAGGAACGUUCUGAGACAGUCAACGAGGCUUUACUCUUUGCAGCAAGAUUCGGGAAUGUGGAUUUCUUGGUGGAGAUGAUCAAGAACAACUCCGAGCUUCUGUGGUCGAGCACUAGUCUGUUUCUUUUGGCCGUCGAGUUCAGACAAGAGAAGGUGUUUAGUCUCCUCUACGGCCUGGACGACAGGAAGUACUUGUUGCUCGCCGACAAAGACUGUAACGGCAAUAGUAUGCUUCAUCUCGCCGGCUAUCUUUCUCCUCCUUCCAAGCUCUCUACCGUCACUGGCGCAGCUUUGCAGAUGCAACGCGAGUUGCAUUGGUUCAAGGAAGUGGAAAGAAUCGUACCAGGGAUCGAGAAGGAGAGAGCAAACGCAGAUGGGAAAAGACCGAUGGAGAUAUUCACAAAGGAGCACCAAGCACUGCGACAAGAAGCUGAGAAAUGGAUGAAAGACACGGCCAUGUCUUGCAGCUUAGUCGCGGCUCUCAUCUUCGCCGUCACCUUCGCAGCGGUCUUCACCUUCCCUGGCGGCGGCAAACCUUUUCACUUAGGUGAUCGAAAUUUCAUCACAUUCUUGGUCUCCACUUUGAUCUCCUGCUUAGCCUCCUGCACCUCCGUCCUCAUAUUCCUCUGGAUACUAACCGCUAGAUACUCCUUGGACGAUUUCUUGGUCUCGCUUCCAACGAAGAUGAUCGCUGGACUUUCGAUACAAUUCAUCUCGAUCGCGGCAAUGUUGAUGGCCUUCUCUUCGGCGCUAUUCGUAAUGCUUGACCAGUCAUCGUGGAUCUCUCUGGCUUGUUGUUUCCCGACAAUCCUUCUCGCGUGUUUCCUGGCGCUUCUGUUUCUUCUUCUUCAGUAUCCUCUCCUCAAGGAGAUGACCUUGUCAACUUACGGCAAAGGAAUCUUCGACAGAAACAUGAAAUGUUGGUUGCAUGACAUUGAACAAAAAUGCCAAAGAACAAGUUAUAAUGAUGAAGACCCUAUUCAUUAA